GCAUUCGCGCAUCGCACGAUUUAUUUAGUCAUUCACCAGAGCCGGUCUAAAGAAGACGUUCCUGUUUCCAUUCUUGUUAAUUCGAUCAAUUAAACACACGUCAUGUCACUGCAAGAGCAAUUUGACCAAGCGGCAGCUAAUGUAAGGAACCUAAAAUCACUGCCCAGCGAUGGGGAUUUGCUAGAAUUGUAUGCCCUGUUCAAACAAGCAACAACAGGAGAUGCUGACCCUGCAAACAGACCCGGUAUGUUCGACUUGAAGGGCAAAGCCAAAUUCGACGCGUGGAGCAAAAAGAACGGUAUGUCAAAGGAGGACGCGCAAAAGGCCUACAUCGCGAAAGUCGAAAGUCUGAUUGCUUCCAUUGGUCUCCAGUAAUGGCCAACAUUGGUUAACAUGGCCAAUAUAACAUUUGGCCAUUAGCAAAUUUUGGAAAAUAUGAGCGGAUUGUGCACAAGUCUACUUUUUCUAAGAUUUUUUUUGUCAAAUAUCGUGUCUUCCUAAUUAAAUACAAAA